AUGGUGAGGAGUGGUCGCGACAGAGAGAGGGAUCGUAGACGCUCACAUAGCCGUUCGGCAAGUCCAGAUCGUAAAAGAAGACGUUCUAGAUCUAGAAGUAGAGAUAGAAAUUCCAAAUCCUCUAAGAGGAAGCGUAGCCGCAGCAGAGAUAGAGAUUCCAAGCGUGAUCGCAGUAGGGACAGAGAGAGGGACCGAAAAAGUGAUAAACGAGAUGAUAAGAGAAAUGGUUCGAGUAGUAAGUCUAGGAAGAAAUCUCCAGAUAGGGAAAAAGAAAGAGAUCGCUCCAAAUCAAAAGAGAAGGCGGUUAAAUCUGAAUCCGCUGAUUAUGCUCCUGGUACUGUAGAUAAGGAAGAGGAACAAAGUCGAUUGGAAGCAGAAAUGCAGAAACGCCGCGAACGUAUUGAGCGUUGGAGAGCUGAACGGAAACGUAAAGAAUUGGAAUCAGCUAAAAAGGAAGUCCAAAAAGGCAGUAUCGUGACCAAUAUACAGGUGCCGGCUGCUAAAAAGUGGUCCUUAGAAGACGAUUCCGGAGAUGAAGCCGUUGCUGAGGAAAAAAUUGAUGAGGAAGAUGAAAUUGAUCCAUUGGAUGCCUAUAUGCAAGAAGUUCAACAGGAAGUACGCAAAGUGAAUCAACUAGAUCAAGCUCGUGGCAUCAGUGUUCCCACAACAGGGGGCACAGGAGUUGUCAUACUGACUGGAACGGCUAAGAAAAAAGUUACCGAACAGAAAAAUAAAGGUGAACUCAUAGAGCAAAAUCAAGAUGGCUUAGAAUAUUCCUCGGAGGAAGAGACAGAAGAUAUAAAGGAUGCAGCGGCUAAUCUGGCAUCUAAACAAAGAAAGGAAUUAGCUAAAGUUGAUCACGCCAGUUUGGAUUAUAUGUCGUUUAGAAAAGCAUUUUAUACUGAGGUUAGUGAGCUGGCCAGAAUGACGCCAGAAGAGGUUGAAGCAUACAGAACAGAGUUAGAAGGUAUAAGGGUGAAAGGUAAGGGUUGUCCAAAACCUAUAAAAAAUUGGGCUCACUGUGGUAUAAGUAAAAAGGAACUUGAUAUACUGAAGAAAUUGGGCUUUGAAAAACCUACACCAAUUCAGGCUCAAGCUAUACCUGCUAUAAUGUCUGGAAGAGACCUGAUUGGUAUAGCAAAAACGGGUUCCGGUAAAACAUUAGCAUUCAUAUUGCCUAUGUUCAGACAUGUUCUCGACCAACCGCCUUUAGAAGACACAGAUGGACCAAUAUCACUCAUAAUGACUCCUACGAGGGAACUUUGUAUGCAGAUAGGGAAAGAUAUUAAGAAGUUUGCCAAGUCUUUGGGUUUGAGAGUUGUUUGUGUUUAUGGUGGAACUGGAAUAUCUGAACAGAUAGCGGAGUUAAAACGUGGUGCUGAAAUGAUAGUAUGUACUCCUGGCCGUAUGAUCGACAUGUUGGCUGCUAAUUCAGGUCGUGUGACUAAUCUGAGACGAGUUACAUACAUUGUACUUGACGAGGCUGAUCGGAUGUUUGAUAUGGGUUUCGAGCCGCAGGUUAUGAAGAUAAUUGACAACGUGCGUCCAGACAGACAGACGGUCAUGUUCAGUGCUACAUUCCCGAGGCAGAUGGAAGCCUUAGCCAGACGUAUAUUACAAAAACCUAUUGAAGUACAGGUUGGAGGUAGAAGUGUUGUUUGUAAAGACGUGGAACAACAUGUAGCUAUACUAGAAGAGGAUGCUAAGUUCUUCAAAUUACUGGAAUUACUAGGACUUUACAGUCAGAUGGGAAGCAUUAUAGUGUUUGUUGACAAACAGGAAAACGCUGACAGCUUGCUUAAAGAUUUGAUGAAGGCAUCUUACUCUUGUAUGAGUUUACACGGAGGUAUUGAUCAAUUCGACAGGGACUCAACUAUAGUGGACUUCAAGAACGGCAAGGUGAAGCUGUUGGUGGCGACCAGCGUGGCGGCGCGGGGCUUGGACGUGAAGCAGCUGGUGCUGGUCGUCAACUACGACUGUCCCAAUCAUUACGAGGAUUACGUGCAUCGAUGCGGUCGUACGGGUCGCGCCGGUAACAAGGGUUAUGCUUGGACAUUCCUUACUCCGGAGCAGGGUCGGUAUGCGGGGGACGUGUUGCGGGCGCUCGAGGCCGCUGGGGCUACGCCCCCGGCUGAACUUAGGGCUCUGUGGGACAAGUACAAAGAGGCGCAGGAGAGGGACGGGAAGAAGGUACACACGGGCGGCGGCUUCAGUGGGAAAGGUUUCAAAUUCGACGAAUCCGAAGCCCAAGCGGCUACCGAGAGGAAAAAAUACCAAAAAGCGGCGCUUGGACUACAAGAUUCUGAUGACGAGGAUGUUGAAGGUGACUUAGACCAGCAGAUAGAGGUCAUGCUGGCCGCUAAGAAGAUUGUUAAAGAAAUUAAGCCUGGUGUGGCGACGGCAAAUCCCCCAGCGACAGCGGGAGCAAGUGUAGACGGGAAACUUGAACUAGCUAGACGAUUAGCUUCAAGAAUAAAUCUGGCUAAAGGAUUAGGCGUUGAACAGAAGGGAGCGACUCAACAAGCGGCCGAGGCUAUACUUAAAGGAAACCCGUCUGCGCACACCCUUAUCACAGCUAAAACGGUAGCUGAACAGUUAGCAGCCAAGUUGAACACUCGUCUGAACUAUCAGCCUCGCGACGAGAGCACCACUGAACCGGCCGAGGAGGUGUUCAGGAAGUACGAGACCGAACUGGAGAUAAACGACUUCCCUCAGCAGGCUAGGUGGAGGGUUACUAGCAAGGAGGCGCUAGCGUUGAUCAGUGAAUAUUCAGAGGCAGGUAUUACAGUGAGGGGGACGUAUGUACCACCAGGGAAAGCUCCGCCCGAAGGAGAAAGGAAACUUUACUUGGCCAUCGAAAGUUCUCAAGAGCUAGCUGUGGCUAAAGCGAAAUCAGAAAUAACGAGACUCAUUAAAGAAGAACUCCUCAAGCUACAGACGUCUGCCCAUCAUAUGAUUAACAAAGCUAGAUAUAAGGUCCUCUGA